AUGUCGUCGCAAGAACGUGAAAAACUUCCUAUGAGAUUUCCAUUAUGGCAUGUACCGUAUUUGGAAAAACACCGAAUAUUCAAUCUGUUCCACGAAAUUGCUAGAGAACUCGUGAUCAAUAAACCAAGCGAUCACCUACUUUUCACCAAACAGAUAAUAUUAAACGCUGCAAAAAGUAGAGAGAUACCAAGAAUUCUUUUCCUUCCAUCACCAAAAAUUAACUUACUGGAAUUGGCCACAGAAGUGAGUAAACUCACCAAACAAGUUGUAAUAUCCCGCGAAAAACUCAUUGGGUGCUUAAACAAAGAUUUCGAUGAAGUUAGACCAGAAGUUUUAGCCAAAGGUUUGGCAUAUUUGGUUCGCCAGGAAAAUUGCUAUUCAAAAGGAUGGAUCAUGGUUGAUUGCUUGAGAAAUGAAGCAGACGCUAAGCACUUAUUGCAAUUGGGUAUUAUCCCAACGCAUACAUUCCAUCUUAUAGCUCCGUUCCAUCCCAACAUAAACGAUAUACUAUACUGCAAGGUACCACCACAUUGGCCUGAACAAAGACGAUUACUAGUUGCUCUUAGGAAUAUUUUCAAAAAUUCAUUACGAGAAGUUCAUCUCAAACAUAGACACAUUGCUGAAAUAAUUGCAGAAAUAAUUGAUACGGCUAAAAUAAGAAAACUUUUACGACCAAUUAAACCUAGAGUUCUCCUUCUGGGUCCUAGAGGUUCGGGUAGAAAAACUCAAGCUGUCCUAUUAUCUCAUAAUCUUAACAUCGUAUUCAUAGAUUUUGAAUAUUUGUUAUGUCAGGCAUGGAUAUCGCCUACGGAAUUAGGCAAAAAGCUCAGAGAAUGUCAAAAUGAAGUUUGUUUUCAUUCCGAUUUACUAGCACAAGUAGUUAAUCAACGAAUUCUUCAAGAUGAUUGCCUCACGAACGGUUAUGUUCUAGUCGGAUUUCCAUACACCGACACAGACUUCAAAUAUUUUGAUUCACUGGAUACUCCACCCAACAGGGUCAUAUUUAUCGAAUGUGAUUUGAAUGUAUGUAGAGAAAGGAUCCGUUAUAGAAGACUUAACACAAUCACUGGUUCUCUUGUGAAUAUAAAAGAAAAUCCAACCGCUGAAAAAGAGAAGGAAUUAGUCCUUCAUCCAAAAGAUGAUAUACACAUGAUUAAUGCAGAAUUGAAUUAUUAUUGUCAAAACUACGGAUCUUUGAGAAAAUAUUGUGGUCCUACAGCAAAAAUUGUUAAUGGGGAUUUGAGUAUACGAGCUGUAAAUGAAACUAUAACUGCAAUAAUAUUGAGAGCAUCGACAGCAUUCCCACCAAGAAAAGGUAUGUCUGCUGAAGAUACCAAGUCGAUGACAUCUUCGGAUGAUUCGUGUGGGUGUCCUGUAGUAUCUUCAAAAAUCGUAGAUUGUUUCAUUAAACAACUAUAA